AUGGCCACUACUACUUCAACUUUUAUGGCCAUUGUUGCAGUGUUUGCCAUUUCAGCGGCUAUGGCUAGUGCCGCUCCCACCCGGCCUUAUCUUGGCCGGAAAUUGGCUCAAUAUGCAACUCCGGCCACCCCAUCCAUCUCACCGUCAUCUUGGUCAUCCCCUCCGGCAGCCCCACCAUCAUCUUGGUCAACUUUUCCGGCAACUCCGGCCAGUGCCACCCCAUCUUACUGGCCAGUUGUCCCUACAACUCCAUCUGCCUCGCCAUCAUCUUGGUCAGCUGUUCCGGCGACUUCGCCGGCGGCCGCCCCUUCUUGGCCUAUGAGUCCAUCCAUUUCAUCAUCUUAUUGGCCGACGGUUCCGCCUCCGACUGAAGCACCUUACUAUGCCAGAGCCUACUAA